AUGGAUGAAUACAUAGAAAUCAUUGAUUAAAUAUCAGCUGAAAGAUCAAUUCAAAUGUUAAAAUCACAAAAGAAACCUAAAUUCAAAAUUAAUCGUGUACCAGAAGAACUGAGAUCAAUUCCUAUUUAUUUAGAUAUAGAAUAUUAGAAUUAUAUUUUUAGAGAUCAAUUUCAUUGGAAUUUGAAUGACUAUCAUGUUAGUCCCUAAGAGUUUGUUGAAGCAUUAGUAGCUAAAUUAGGUUUUGGUAAUUCUAAAUAAAUGCAUUAACAAUUACUAUUUUAAAUAAUGGAGUAAUAUGCAAAUAUAAUAAUUUAUUAGGUAUAUAGAAAAACACAGUGUACAUAUGCCUGAAGAUUUGAUAUAAACUUAAAAGAAAUAAUUGUCAGAAAAGAAGAAAAACAAUUAAAUAAGUUAAAGAGCUAGUAGAACAUAAAUAACUAGAUUAUCUUAUGGUUAAAAUAAAGUAAAUUUAUUAAAUUCUUAUUCUAAAGAAAUGUAUAUAUUGUGAGUUUCUAAAUGUUCAAAGUGGAUUAUAUUGUAAAAAGUGUAGAAUUCCAUUUAUUGUUCUUGAUAAUGUAAAUCCAACUGAACCAAUUACUAAAGCUUGUUUUUUAUUUUAUGAAGUUGUUAUAAACAGAACAAUUUCACCUAUUGAACCUAGAAGAUUGAUAAAGGAGGACUUUACAUCACUAUAUAGUCUAAAAAAUAAAUUAAUUGAUUUAUCAGGAGAACAAGAUGUAAUAGAUGAAGUUUUUCAAGAGUUUAUGAAAAACAGAGAUAAUUUAGAUUAGGCAGAUUUUAUAACAUCUUUGAAAGCUCCAAAAGCUAAAUAGAAAAAGAGAUAAGUGAAAAAGGGAGAAUGUGAAGAAGAACCUGAAGAAGAGAGUCAAUAGGAGAAUCAAGAAUAAGAAGAUGAAGAAGAAGAUGAUGAUGAAGAUGAGGAUUAAGAAAAGAAUUAAGAUGAAAAUUAAGAUGAUGAAGAGAAGAGUUAAUAAUCAGAAAAAUAGUCUUUUGACUCAUCAUCAGAAUCAUCUUCUCCUUAAUAAAGAAUCAGUACCAGAAGAAGAGCUAAAGAAGAAAUACUAAGGAGAUCUGUAAGAAAGAGAAAGUGA